UGUCUCAGCUAAGCCUGGUGAACCUGUUACUCUACACUGCAAAUUUGUAGAAAAGUUUCCUCAAAAUAAUUGGGUUUGGUACAAACAAAGAUCAGGACAGGAACCUCAGGAAGUGGCAGUGAAGUUACCCUCUAGAGACCCCACUGAGAGUUCAUCAGACUCAAAAAUCAGAUUCAAAAUAAACAAGAAUUUUUCUCUGACUAUUGAACAAACUACUAAAGAUGAUGAAGGAAUGUACUUCUGUGGAAAAGGAGAAGAAAACACCAUUACAUUUUCUCAUGGCACAUUUUUAGCCGUGGCAGCUCAACCUCAGUUAAAUGUAUCAGUUGUCCAAACUCCAGCAUGGAGGUCAGUUUCUCCAGGAGAGUCGGUCACUCAGCAGUGCAUGGUCCACUCUAAGACUGGAGCAGCUGAACUCCGAGUGCUCUGGUUCAGAGCUGCUGCAGGACAAUCCUUUCCUGAAAUCAUUUACGCUCAUCAGAACAGCAGCAGCCGUCAGUGUGAGAUCAGCUCUUCUACACACAGCUCUGUGUACAGCUUCUCCAAGAACAACUUCAGCCUCUCUGAUGCUGGAACUUACUACUGCGCUGUGGCCGCUUGUGGGAAAAUCAUUGUUAGCAAUCAAGCAUCUGUGCAACUGAAGGGGCCUGUGGAUCCUGUUUUAAUCUUUCUGGGAGCAGCUUUGGGACUGUGUGUGGUUGUGAUCUCUGCUGAAACCAUUAUAAUCUUUAAGAGGAGAAACAGUGACCACUGCAGUGAGAAAAAACUACAAUGUUCAUCAGCAGAGAACACAACCAAUCAGACUGCUGAGAGUCUGAAUUACGCUCCCAUCCAUUUCAAAGAGAACAAACCCAAACCUGGACGAGUGAAGAGAGAACAGCCUGAAGACAUUGUUUACUCUCAAGUGAGAAGCUCUAAUGCUAAAGCUCAUCGGUCUCAUCGCUAGAUCUCUUUCCUGUAGUGAGCAGUAGUGAAGUUUGGGGAUGUUUUUAUUCUACUGGGAUAUUCAGAGCUGCACAUGAUCUCCAGGUUAGUUUAGUGAUGUUUGUUAUUAUUUCUCUUGAUUUUGGACUGUGAGGGUGUUUGCUGUUUUUGUUGAUGUUUGCCAGGAUCUACAGUG